GGAGCGAAGCAGCGCGGGCAGCGAGCGAGAUGCAGCACCGAGGCUUCCUCCUCCUCACCUUCCUCGCCCUGCUGGCGCUCACCUCCGCGGUGGCCAAAAAGAAAGAUAAGGUGAAGAAGGGCGGCCCGGGGAGCGAGUGCGCUGAGUGGGCCUGGGGGCCCUGCACCCCCAGCAGCAAGGAUUGCGGCGUGGGUUUCCGCGAGGGCACCUGCGGGGCCCAGACUCAGCGCAUCCGGUGCAGGGUACCUUGCAACUGGAAGAAGGAGUUUGGAGCCGACUGCAAGUAUAAGUUUGAGAACUGGGGUGCGUGUGAUGGGGGCACAGGCACCAAAGUCCGCCAAGGCACCCUGAAGAAGGGGCGCUACAAUGCUCAGUGCCAGGAGACCAUCCGCGUCACCAAGCCCUGCACCCCCAAGACCAAAGCAAAGGCCAAAGCCAAGAAAGGGAAGGGAAAGGACUAAACGCCAAGCCUGGAUGCCAAGGAGCCCCUGGUGUCACAUGGGGCCUGGCCCACGCCCUCCCUCUCCCAGGCCCGAGAUAUGACCCACCAGUGCCUUCUGUCUGCUCGUUAGCUUUAAUCAAUCAUGCC